AUGAAGGCCAGCAUCAAGAGUUCAACUAAGAAUACUGAAGAGCACCGACUGGCCACGGACCCCACGCCCUCUGCAGAGCAGCCAGGCACCCUGGACCUCACUCUGAUCGGCGCGCAUCUCCAGGAGAAACCGUCGCCCCCGUACAGCUCCCCGCAGGAGUUUGCCCAGGACGUGGGCCGCAUGUUCAAGCCAUUCAACAAACUCACGGAGGACAAAACUAACGUCCAGUCGAUCAUCGGCCUUCAACGCUUCUUUGAGACUCGCAUGAACGAGGCUUUUGGGGACACCAAGUUUUCGGCUAUUCUGGUGGAGCCCCUCCCUCCCCCUAUCCCAGGCCCUGGCCAGGCCCCUCCAGAGCUGGCGGGGAGCCCCAGCGAUGGUAACUGA